UCUGAUGACCCUCUUGCACCCAGGUAGCGGGCACAGAGGCAGCUGUCUGGGCCACAGAGCAGUGUAAUGCCAGCAGAAGCGUCACUGCUGAGACGACCCUACCACUGCUCCCUCGGCAAGUCGGACACCAGACUGCACGAGCUGCACCGCAGCUGGCUCCGCAGCAGAGCCCCACAGCCUGCCAGCAUGGAUCUGCGCCCACAAUGGCUGGAGGCGUCCAGAGGCACGACGUCCAGGCCCCCGGCAGCCUUCCCACACCAGGAGCUGCCCCUGGUCACGCCCUCCACCGGCCCUGAGGCCACCUAUUCCAACGUGGGGCUGGCUGCCAUCCCCAGGACUGGGCUGGCAGUCACCUCUGGGGUGUGGGCAGGGGCACAGCUGACCAGCAGCUGUGCCAGGCCCGGUCCCGAGGCCAGACCCGUGGGGGCUGAGUAUGCGUGUGUCCAGAAGCUCAAGGGAACAGAUAGGGGCCCCCGAGGCCUGGAGCACAGGAAAGCUGAGGCGACCCCAGCUGCUCAGGUGGACAUCCUGUAUUCCAGGAUCAGCAGGCCUAAAAGGAGGGACCCAGGACCUUCCACAGACCAGCCAGGCCCCAAGGGUGGGGAAGCGAGUUUGGCUCUGGGGAGGGACCUGGCCUACGAGGUCCUCCCUCUCAGGGGCCUGGGCGUGGACAAGAGCCUCCUGGAAAACGUGUAUGAGAGCAUCCAGGGGACGGAGGCCCCCGGGCACCUGGAACCCCCCAGCUCCAACUCCUACCAGGAGAGGACAUGUGCAGGGCAUGGAGACCCCCUGCUUCCUGUCUAAGCCUGGGGAGGGGUCUUCAUCCCCUCUGCCCUGAACACCCAGGUACAGAUGAUCCUUCCUCCAGAGUGGGGUGCGACCCCUCACUUCCCAGAGUCCCCUCCCCCACACGCGGCUAACAGCACGCAUUCCGGAUAGCAGUGCUGUCAGCCUAUGGGGUCCCUAGGGUCCUGGCUGCCAUGUCCUCUCUAGGGCAGGGUCUCAAUAAAGCCCCAGCUCAGGGAGCAUGAACACUGCUAUACCUCAGCCUGCUCUUCUUGAAAGCCUGGGAGGCUUGGCGGGGUGGCGUCUGGAAGGAGUGAAAACCUCUCCUUGGGAAUGGGCUUCCUCCCGCUGGGGGUGCUGGGUACCUGCGCCCUGUCACCUGGGGCCGCCGGCUGGUCGGGCUCAGAAGACCGAGUGGGGAGGGAGGCAAGCCCUGGCGGGCGGUCCUCAGGCCGAGGGGCUCCUCCGAGCGGUGAGCCGGCCCACAGGGUGGCUACCCCAAGGUGGGACCUGAACCCUGAACGACAGGGAAGGCUCCGCCACCCAGCCCCUGGAGUUACAUAAGGGGCGCGGGAGGUGGGCAGUCGUGCGUUAAAGAAUAACCUGCUCCCGGGAAGGCCGCCAAGGAGACGCGGCCUCCUCCCGGUUCCGGCAGCUCGCGCAGGGGCAUCCCUCGAGGAAGCCGGCCCGCCCCGGCGACGGGGGCGCCGGGGCGGGGGCCGUCGGGCGGGCGGGCGGCAGGAGCCGGGCCCCCUCCCGGAGCGGCGCGGGAGCGGCCAGCGCGGGAGCAGCCGGCCAGGGGCGGGGUGUGGCCGCGGGGCGGU